AUGGGCGGGAAACACAUCCCACUCAACGCACGACAUCCCGUCCCAUUCUCCCCCAUCCCUCCCCGCCCGUCCGCCGUCACCAUGGCCGCGACAGCAGCGCGCGGGGUCGUUGGGAAAAGUCUAUCCGUCCCUCCCGACGACCACCCUGUAUUGGGGGCGUAUUGGGGGCUGGGGGGCUGGGGGGAAAGUUGGACGAGGUUACGGAGUAACGGACUGAUUUGCUUUGCGUUUGGCGGUGGAACGAGAAAGAAUACUACUCUGCGGCGGCCACCUUUUUCGCAGACCGAGCCCAUGGCUGCCAUGACGACCCCCCCUCCCCUUCUCCCCUCUCCAUCCCCCCCCAAUGUGCUAUGCAUAACCGACCCGACCCGAUCAGCAGACCAAAAAUACUCAAAUACCAUGCGCCGUCCUGCAGAAGACCGCAAGGGCGAAAAGGCAACACCAGGCAGGCUAGCGGCCACCGGAGGGCAGUUUGCGACUCUUGCAGCGCGCCAGCAACACAUAUUGAUGUCCAACUAG